CCUAGUAGGAGUACACAGCUAGUUGCUUGUGAUAACUAAAGCAGUUGGAAUGCAUAGCAGAACGUGGAGAAUGAUUGUGUGCUUUCUGGUCUAAUAUGAUAAGAUCUUCCUUGAGUGAAGUUUGACAGAAAAUGUUACAGCAGUUUUGUCUAUGGAAAUGGUUCACUGUGGGAAUUGCAGUUGCUACUGUCUUGACAGAUUGUUUGGGCCAGAAUGAUGAAGACUGGCAAUAUGAGGACUGCAAGCUGGCCAGAACAGGUCCUCCAGCCACAAUAGUUGCUAUUGAUGAAGAAAGUCGAAAUGGCACUAUCCUGGUGGACAAUAUGCUGAUCAAGGGGAGAGCAGGAGGACCUGAUCCAACAAUAGAGCUAUCAUUAAAAGACAACAUAGAUUACUGGGUGAUCCUGGAUCCUAUCAAUCAGAGGCUGUUCCUAAACAGCACAGGCCGAAUUCUGGACAGAGAUCCACCAAUGUCCAUCCAAUCGAUUGUGGUCCAAGUCCAGUGUGUUAACAAAAAAGUUGGCACCGUUAUCUACCAUGAAGUACGAAUUGUUGUGAGGGACAGGAAUGAUAACUCGCCUCGUUUCCAGCAACAGCGAUACUAUGUGGCAGUAAAUGAGUUAACACCAGUCGGAACCACCAUCUUUACAGGAUUCUCUGGGAACAAUGGUGCCACUGACAUAGAUGAUGGUCCUAAUGGCCAGAUAGAAUAUGUCAUCCAGUACAAUCCUAAUGAUCCAACAUCAAAUAAGACCUUUGACAUCCCUCUAACUUUGUCUGGAGCUGUAGUUUUACGAGAGAGACUAAAUUAUGAAGAGAAAACGCGGUAUUUAGUCAUUGUCCAAGCAAACGAUCGGGCCCAAAAUCUUAAUGAGCGAAGAACAAGUACUACUACUGUCACAGUCGAUGUGCUGGAUGGAGAUGAUCUUGGACCAAUGUUUCUUCCUUGUGUUUUAGUCAGCAAUACUCGUGACUGCAGGCCACUCACCUACCAAGCCAGUGUGCCAGAGUUGACUGAUCCUGCACAAGUGAAUCCCAUUGAUGUCGCUCCACCAAUACAAGCCAUAGAUCAGGAUCGCAACAUUCAACCUCCUUCUGAUCGACCAGGCAUCCUGUAUUCCAUCUUGGUUGGGACUCCUGAGGAUUAUCCACAAUAUUUCCAUAUGAAUCUUACAACAGCUGUACUCAGUCUCUUACAACCCAUAAACAGGGAUUUGCACCAGAAAUUUGAUUUAGUCAUUAAGGCAGAACAAGAUAAUGGUCAUCCACUUCCAGCCUUUGCCAAUUUGCAUAUUGAAGUCCUUGAUGAGAACAAUCAGAAGCCUUACUUCACAGAAUCUGUGUAUGAAGGCUUCAUCCUGGAGUCCUCUCCAGUGGGUACAACUAUCUCUGACAACAAGAACCUGACAUCUCCAUUACAAAUCAUUGUUUUGGAUAACGACGUAGAAGAGACAAAAGACCCCCAGGUCCAUCUUUUUCUAAAUGAUUACAGUUCAUUUUUCACUGUGACUCAAACUGGAAUAACACGCUACCUCACCUUACUCCAACCCGUUGACAGGGAGCUCCAGCAGUUCUAUACCUUCUCGAUGACCGCUUCUGAUGGUGUGCAAGAGAGUAACCCAGUCACAGUCAAUAUUGUAGUGAUUGAUGCAAAUGAUAACACCCCAACCUUCUCCAAUAUAUCUUAUAAUGUCAAUGUGUACACAGACAUGAAGCCUGGAGAAACUGUUAUAAAGCUCACUGCUGUAGAUGCAGACGAAGGGCCAAAUGGGCAGAUCACAUAUGAAAUCCUGGCUGGAGCUCAGGGAGACUUCAUCAUCAAUGACCAAACAGGCCUUAUCACCAUUACCCCAGGAGUUGUACUGUCAGUGGGGCAAUCAUAUGCUCUCACUGUCAGAGCAUCUGAUAAUGCUCCUCCUUCAGAAAGAAGGAGUUCCAUCACUACUGUUUACAUUGAGGUACUUCCUCCAAACAAUCAGAGCCCUCCCCGCUUUCCCCAGCAGAUGUACAGUCUUGAAGUCAGUGAAGCCAUGAGAAUUGGUGCCAUUUUGUUAAAUCUGCAGGCCACUGAUAGGGAGGGUGACCCAAUAAGAUAUCUCAUUGAGAAUGGAGAUCCUCAGCAAGUUUUUAAUCUCUCUCAAAGCUCUGGACUUCUAGUGUUAAGAAAGCCCUUGGACAGAGAAAGUACUGACCGCUAUAUAUUGAUUGUUACAGCAUCAGAUGGCAGACCAGAUGGGACCUCAACUGCUACUGUUAAUGUGGUGGUGACUGAUGUAAAUGACAAUGGACCUGUCUUUGAUAUGUUUCUACCUAGAAAUUUGUCUGUUCAAGAAGAAGAGGCCAAUGCUUUUGUGGGCCAAGUGAGGGCUACUGAUGCAGAUGCUGGAAUAAAUGGUCAAGUCCAUUACAGUUUGGCAAACUUCAACAAUCUUUUUCGUAUCACAGCAAAUGGUAGCAUUUACACAGCAGUUAAACUGAAUAGAGAAGUAAGGGACUAUUAUGAACUUAUUGUUGAAGCAACAGAUGGAGCUGUGGACCCCCGUCGUUCAACAUUAACUGUGGCAAUCAAGGUUCUGGAUAUUGAUGACAACAGUCCUGUGUUUACUAAUGCAUCCUACACAGUCUCUGUUCCAGAAAAUUUACCCCCUGGCACAGUUUUCUUACGAUUAGAGGCAAAAGAUGUUGACCUUGGUUCAAAUGUUAGUUAUCGCAUACGGACUCAGGAAGUUCUAGAGUUUUUUGCACUGAAUAAGUUUACAGGAGAGUUGUCACUUUUGAAGUCCUUGGAUUAUGAGUCAUUUGUUGGCACAGAAGCAACCUUUACCUUCCUUGUAGAAGCCUUUGAUAUUGGGGGCACUAUGCCUCCAGGUCUGGCUUCUGUCACAGUCAUAGUAGAGGAUAUGAAUGAUUACUCCCCAGUAUUUAGUAAAGCUCUCUACAGAGGAAUGGUUGCUCCAGAUGCAGUCAAGGGCACUGUUAUCGCUACAGUUUCAGCUGAGGACCAAGAUCCUCCGGGUACACCAGCAAGUCGAGUCAGAUACAAAGUAGAUGUUGUCAAGUUUCCUUACAGUGCCAGCAUAUUUGAUGUAGAGGAAGAUUCAGGGCGCAUAGUAACCCGAGUAAACCUGAAUGAAGAACCCAGUACAGUAUUUAAGCUAGUGGUCAUUGCAUACGAUGAUGGUGAUCCUGUGAAGUUCAAUACCACCACUGUUGAGAUUGUCGUUUUGCAACCUUCGGUAAUUCCACGGUUUACCCAGGAAGAAUACAGGCCCCCACCAGUGAGUGAAAAUGCACCUAAAGGAACUGUGGUUGUUGCUGUAACUGCUGCUGCCUUGAAUCAGACAAUUAUAUAUUCAAUUGUUUCAGGAAAUGCAGAUGAUGUGUUUGAUAUGAAUGAAAGAACAGGUGAGAUUACUGUUAAAAAGACUCUUGACUAUGAAUCUGUGAAAAGCUAUGAACUUCGAGUCCAAGCUGACUCACUAGAAGUCGUUCGUUCGAACCUACGUGUACCUUCCAAAAGUAACACAGCAAAAGUGUUCAUUGAGGUGCAGGAUGAAAAUGACCAUGCUCCUGUCUUUACCAAAAAACUCUAUAUUGGAGGAGUGUCUGAAGAUGCUAGAAUGUUUGCUUCUGUGCUUAGAGUUAAGGCUGAUGAUAAAGACACUGGAAAUUACAGUGCCAUGCAAUACAGGCUCAUCAUACCGCCAAUCAAGGAUGGCAAAGAAGGUUUUGUGAUCGAAGCCUAUACAGGGCUUAUAAAAACUGCCAUGUUGUUCAAAAACAUGAGAAGAGCCUAUUUCAAGUUUCAGGUCAUUGCAACUGACAAUUAUGGAAAAGGCUUAAGCGGUAAAUCAGAUGUGCUUGUCUCUGUGGUCAAUCAGUUGGAUAUGCAAGUCAUCGUUUCUAAUGUUCCUCCAACUCUCGUGGAACAAAACAAGGAUCAGCUUAUAGGGAUUUUGGAACGCUACGUUCAAGAUCAGAUUCCUGGUGCAGCAGUUGUUGUGGAGUCUAUUGGUGCCCGAAGGUUUGGACAUGGCUAUUCCGAAGAGGAUUAUUCCAAAUCUGAUUUGAUGAUCUAUGCAAUUGACCCUCAGACAAACCGAGCUAUAAUGAGGAAUGAGCUUUUUAAGUUCUUAGAUGGGAAACUGCUGGAUAUCAACAAAGAAUUUCAGCCAUACCUUGGGCAAGGAGGGCGUAUUUUGGAAAUCCGUACCCCAGAUGUAGUAGCCAAUGUCAAGAAACAGGCACAAGCUGUGGGCUACACAGAAGGAGCCUUACUUGCUCUGGCUGUGAUAAUUGUCCUUUGCUGUGUGCCUGCCAUUUUAAUAGUUAUGGUCAGCUACAAACAAUUUAAAGAGCGACAAGCUGAAUGUGCAAAGACAGCGAGGAUCCAGAUGGCCUUGCCAGCUGGGAAACCAACAAGUGGUGCUGCCAACAAUCUCUAUGAAGAACUAGGUGACAGCACCAUGCGAGGAUAUGCACAACAGGAGCAACAGCAAUUGUUGAGACCUUCUCUUCUCAGGCCAGAGGAGUUGUCUAUGGAAUCUGGAAUCGAUCCAGGCCAAGAGUACUAUGGGCAAGACUAUUACAGUUAUGAACAUGGGUAUGAAUUGCCUCAAUAUGGGAGUCGUCGCCGACUACUGUCUCCAUCUGGAAUGUAUGAUGAGUAUGGUGAAGUGGUUAUGGAAGGUGAUGGUGGCUAUUAUUAUAGUCCUCAUGGACCAACAGUAGAAGGAGAAUGGGCCAGGAAGAAAAGGAUCAAGUUGGUAGUUGACCCAGAAUAUGAAACGAGUUCAACUGGAGAAGACAGUGCUCCAGAAUGUCAGAGGAAUAAGCUUACCAACCCCAAUAUUCAGAACAACAUCAACGGCAACAUCUACAUUGCACAGAAUGGAUCUGUUGUUAGAACCCGUCGCAUUUGUCUCACCAAUAAUUUAAAAGUCACAUCCCCAGUUAGGCUGGGGAAGCACUUCAAGAAACUGGACAAGCUUGCAGUGACACAUGAGGAGAAUAUCCCACUGAACACAUUGUCAAAGGGGCCAUCUUCUAGUGAUAAAUUGAACACAAGACCAUCUAGUGUCUCGUUUGCCUCCUCGACAAUAGGGGCUGACAAUAUAGCAACAAAGCCAGGAGGCAACAAAAUAAAAAGCACAGAAGAGCAAGAAUCAGUGGUUGAUAAUGAGGAUGUCAAAGAACCCUUGGAAUCCCACAGUGAUCACACACAAUCAGAUGAAGAAGAACUCUGGAUGGGCCCUUGGAAUAAUCUUCACAUACCAAUGACAAAACUGUGAUUUUUUUUUUAAAUUUUAUCUUAAUUUUUACUUCAGUUUAUAAUAAACUAUGCUUUUUAUUGUCACAGAGAAAAAUGUAUGAAAUUUGUAUUGUGCACAUAAGUUGUAUACUUCAAACAACAUGCUUUAAAAGUUUAAAAAAAAUUGCACUCAUAUUUGUACCAAUUAAUUGUUCUUCCCAACAACUAUUUUGACAGGCUCUCAAUUCACUAAACAAUACUUCAUUAAACA